AUGGCCCGAUUUGGCCGGACGAAGAAGAAAGCUGCAAGGACGGAGCAUAAUGACAGUGCUAACUCGGAUGCAUUUAUGUCGUCGAAUCCAGACCAUCCAAGAACCCCCUGUGUCAUACUUCCCCAUGUGGAAACGCAUUUGAACAUGCAUCAACAUAAUGGUUUGUUUGAGAUCAAUUCGUCCGAGAAGCAAAAGUCGCCUACGAGCAUAGAAUAUAUCUCAGAGUCCACAUCCCCGAUCUCCUCCAAUCCUACAAACGGUGAUGCGUCAACUACGGAAUGGUCAUCAGCCGUGGGACACGCCGCUACGGGCAAAUCCGGUCGUGUUAUCCAUAAUCUCCAAGAAGAAAUCGCGCGUUUAACCCGGGAGUGCAGUGUGUAUCGGUCCCGGGCGGAGGAGACACAACGAAUGAACGACGCGUUCAAAACACAGGUCCAGAACAUGACCGAGCGUCUCCGGAAUCUUGAGCAGGCCAAUGAAACGAAUCUCCAAUCAAUCUCGCGCAAAGAUAAGAAAAUCGAGGAAUUGCGGGCAGAAAUCCAGAGUGAGAAGGAUCGGCGACUGCGAGCGGAGGGGGAAACCGACAAAUUCCAACAAUUGAUGAACGAGAACCGAGAUGGUUUCAAUCGAAAGUGUGCAGAGCUGCAAGAAAUUGCGAACCAUGCUCGGACUCAGUACGAUGUGCUCGCCAAAUCAGGGCAGCGUGAACGCGCAGACCAGCAGAAGAAAUUCAAGACAAUCAGGGACGAUUUUCUGGCGCUGAAGGCAGAGCACGAGAAGAAAAACGUGCACCUAGAACGUCUAGACGCAGUCAUGGCGCAGAAAAAUCGUGAGAUUGAGAUUGGUCGGGAAAGAUUUGAUCAAUUAUUCGAGGACUACGAAGCAUACAAGAAGGCUCACGAUGAGGAGGUGAGAGCCCUGCUUGAAAGAAGCUACCAGGGUGAGGCGAAUCUUGACGCUGCUCUUGCGACCUUGAAAGAGACCGAAGAGAAAAUGAAGUGGGCCAUUCAGGUCAAAAAAGAAGUCGAAGAUGCCCAAUGA